GGGAGCGCGCGGCUCCGAAAGCCGCUCGUGCCCGCGGCGGGGUUCAGGUGGGUCGGUGAACGGGCUGACGGAUUGGGCCGUUGGUGCCGACAAGAUGGCGGGGGGUGGGCAGGAGAUCGAGGAAGAGGUGAGUGGCCUGGUCCCGGCCGAGUCUCUGUGCUUCAGCCCGAGGUCCAGUCCGCCCAGCGGGCUCACACAGACUCAUGGCGGCCGCCGGGGCACCGAGCAGUCAUCCCACCGGCUGCUGGCUUACAGCGAUGCCCUCAUCUCCAUUGUGGCCACGGUGAUGAUAUUGCCUGUUUCUCAUGCAAAAAUAAGGGCUGAUCAGGAACUGGAAGAAAGCCUGCAGCAGCUUCUUACAACCAAGAUAGCUGUUUACAUUAUGACAUUUUUAAUAGUGACUGUAGCUUGGGCUUCACAUAUCAGAUUGUUCCAAGUGAUUGAACAAAUAGAUGAUGUUCUUGCCCUUUUGAACUUGGCAUGUAUGAUGCUCAUAACCUUCCUGCCUUAUACAUUUUCUUUGAUGGCCUCAUUUCCAGAUGACACACUUGGAAUUCUUUCAUUUUGUGUUUGUGCCAUUAUCAUUGGAUUAAUUCAGGCUAUAAUUGUGAUUUAUGGAUUCCACCGACCUUACUUAUUGAAUGCCCAUAUUUGUGCAUCUGAAGAACAAAUUUCCUAUAAGUAUCAAAUUUUAAAGAUGAUUUUACAAGCUCCAGCUCUAUUCCUUUUAGCAGGAAUUUUGUCUUUCAUCUAUUGCCCUGUGGCAUAUGCAGUGCUUGCACUUGUCAUCUUUCUCCCAUACCUUUCUCAGUGUGCACAGUGGUGCAGGAACAAAAUAAAGGGUCCAAAAGAACUUCGGAGAGUACCAUUUUACACAUUUCACCCAAAUGAACCACUGAGCAAAGAGCGUGUGGAAGCUUUUAGUGAUGGGGUAUUUGCAAUUGUAGCAACGCUUCUUAUUUUAGACAUAUGUGAGGACAAUGUCCCUGACCGUAAAGAAGUUGUGGAAAAGUUCAAUGGCAAACUUAUUGAAGCACUUAGUGAGUACGGUCCAGAAUUUCUGGCUUAUUUUGGUUCAUUUGUGACUGUUGGCCUUCUCUGGUUUGUUCAUCAUUCACUCUUUCUGUACAUCACUAAGUCAACAAGACUAAUGGGGCUUCUGAACACCAUCUCACUGGCUUUCAUUGGUGGACUUCCAUUGGCUUUUCGGCUUACCCAUGAAUUUGCUUCCAACUCACGAAAUGAACUUGAGGCUAUUCAAAUCAGUUGUGUUAUAAUUUUUCUUGCAAGUCUCUUUCAGUUUGCAAUAUGGGCUGUAGCACUUUACAAUGAAAAGGAAACCCUACAUCACCAUAUUUGGUAUGGGGGCAGAGAACAUGCAUUUAUGUUUGCCAAACUUUCACUUUAUCCUUCGGUGGCCUUUGUUACGUUCUGCCUUACAUAUAUUUUAAGUAAGUUUAGUACUGAAAUUUUCCAUAUGAUGCAGAUCAUUGUUCCUUUUGCAUUUGUUCUUUUACGAAUCAUUGUCCAAAUUGUUCUGGCUAUUCUCACAUGGUUGUUCACUCGAUUAAAACCCAGGACAUCAAUAUUAAAGGAAGACGACGACUCUAUCAUCUCUGUAAAUGAGAAUACGUCAUAACAAUUCACUUACUGAUUCAGAGUACCUGGUUUGAAAUGUUUAUAUACAAAUAGUCUAUUUUUAGUCACUUGUCAUAUUUCCACAAAUUUUGUUUGUGUUGCACUUUAACAUAUGAAUGCCCAUUAAAAAUCUCUACUGAAUAGAAGUAAAUUAUGCUAUUGUAGAAUGUGCCGUCUUGUACCAAGGAAAUGGUUGAAAGUGCCUUUUCUUGGUGGUCAGUGUAACAUAUAUUUUAUUCCUGAUCUUUGUUUACAUUUUGGUGUUUGAAAACAUUGAAUUAUAUUGCAGCUUGCUUUAAUUUUAAACUUAUUGUCAGUCAGAAUAAAGUACAGUAUAAUUUUAAAAUAUAUUUUCUAUAUUAUAUAAUGCUAAAUUUUGUCCCUUUGCUUUACUGAAAGCAGUAAUUGAUUCAUAAUUGUAUUUUUGAUUAUUGUACUGUUCCUGGAAAAAAAAAUUCUUCUCUCUCAACCGAGAAUGUCUAUUUCUCAAAGUCAGUUACUGAGGAUGCUUAGUUGUCACGGGGAUUGUUUUUCACAUUUCUUUAAGUUCUCGGCAUUCUGGCAAUGAAAUUCUACUGACCUUGAUAUAAAUUGUCAUAUUUUGGCAAACUAAUUGUUUGAAAUAAUAUAUCUGUAUUCUACAGAUAAGUCGUUCAUUCCAGAAGCCUGUCUUUGUAUUUGUCAUGACGAAAGCCUUGGUCAUUAUUACUUAAAUGAUGUUGUUGCAACUGUAAAGCUAAGUAAUCUGAAGAAGCAUGCAAAUUAAUGCACAAUGAAGCUUUCUUUAAAGUUUUUAACACUAUUUGUAGUUUGUGGAUGAAGUUGUAGACUUGCUUGUUUACCAUCACCCUGCUAGGUAACAUUGUCACUGCACCUCCAGUGAAGCAGUGGUGUUCUGUCCCGCUUGUUAUUUCUAUGCCUCAGUUUGCUGGGGCGGUUGGCAUCACUUCCAGUUUUGUUUAUCAGUGGUUUGUAUAUCGGAUCCAGUUCAUAGAACAUAGAACAAUACAGCGCAGAACAGGCCCUUCGGCCCUCGAUGUUGCGCCGACCUGUGAACUAAUCUAAGCUCCUUCCCCCUACACUAUCCCAUCAUCAUCCAUAUGCUUAUCCAAGGACUGUUUAAAUGCCCCUAAUGUGGCUGAGUUAACUACAUUGGCAGGCAGGGCAUUCCACGCCCUUACCACACUGUUCAAUGUGUUUGUUGAUGGAUUUCCGUUUAGAAUGCCAGGACUCCAGGAAUUCCCUGGCAUGUCUUGGUUUGAAUUAUUCACUUAUAGAUUUUGUUGUCCCAGUGGAAUCCCUGCCCUUCAUUGUCCGUGUGUAUCGAAACUAUCGAUUAUUGCUCGCAUCUGUUGGGGUUAGUUGGUGUUUGUGUAACCUUAUUGUCGGUUUUCUUCCAGUUUGGCCUACAUAAUUUCUCACAGUCCUUGCAUGGUAUUUUGUAUAUUACAUGAGUUUUAUUGGUGUGGGUGUGGAAUCCUUUACAUUCGUCAGUAGCUGUUGC